GAUUCCAGACGCUACCCGCCCAUCUGUCUCUCUCUUCCCUCUGGCUCGCUCGGUCUCUCUCCCCUCUUGCUCAUCUCGCCCUCUCUCUCACUCCGUCUCGCUCACGCUUAGAGCCGAGUGCUUCUCCUGCUUAUUUUCACACAGCACAAGCUCACAAUCUCCCCUCUCCACACCCAGACGACGUCGUUUGCUUCGGUUUCCUCUUAAGAACAACUUGGAGUUGAGAGUCCUUUCUCGUUCACACAGUUGGCUCUGCGUGCGACUGUGUCUGAGCGAUGAGCAGUCGAGCAGUGGAAGACGACGCACUGGCCAAAACCGCAAGAGCUGUCGAAGCUCUUUACCUCCUCCGAGACACCUACUUUUCGGCCGACCCGGAUGACAAAAUCUCCAGAUUAAACAUCGAUUCCGAUCUUGCCCUCAACCUCCUCGAUUCCAUUCCUCUUGGUACCGACAAUGAGGCAGAACUUGUUGAUGAAAGCAUUCAACAUGCCAAGGAAGCCAUAACUCUUGAUGUCAAGGAUGGCAAUUCAUUGUGCAUACCAAAAUGCUGCAAGUGCUUAAAGAAAAGGAUGAAAGAAUGCAGUCCAAUCCAGACCUAUAUUUUAACUGUGCCACUUAAAGAGGAGGAUGUAUGAAGUGACAUAAGUUGGUGUUGAUGGUGGCCCUGCUGCAAAGGAUUUGGCUCCCAAGUUUAAUGUGUUCAAGAAAAAUUUAUCUGUUAAGCUAGGGGUUACAAUACUGGAGAUAGACGUAAGUCUUUUUAUUUCUUUCUCUGCAGUUUCUCCCUUGGAUUCUAUGGUCAGUUGCGUAUUUGUAGUUUGACUUUUGAUAUCGGAAUUCAGAUUUCAAUUAGCUUGCUCAGUUAGUGGGUCGUUUCCCAAAAGUGAAAAUGGACAUCAUGGAGUUAAACCCCAAUUCUUUUGAAUUGGAUUGUAAAUCCGGUUUUCGGCCUGGGAAGCCCAGGAAGGCGAGAUUGCAACCCAGUUUUCGGCCCAGGACGAGAAGAUGAGUAUGAUCUUACGAGCUUUACAGAUGUUCAGCCUCCAAAUCUUGAUGUCAGCACUUGAUCUUGCUCCACCUUCGACCUCCCAACCACUUCGCUUAGUCGAUACCCAGUAGCUUGAUGCAUCAAGAUUAGAAGGCUACUUGUUGUAGUUUUUUUUUUUAUAUUUUUUAUAUUCGAACAUCUUGUAUGUACAUUUUCAUAUAUUUUAUAAAUAAAUAUUGUUUCUUGGUUUA